CAUCUCCUCGCAAGCCUGCAAUUAAACAGAGUAGAAUGGUGAUUGAUCAAGCAGAUUUUCAAAAAUUGGUUACAAAACAACUUGUCACAUUAAGAUAUACAGUUGAUGUUAUGAAUACAAGCAUUGCUGCAACCUUACAAAACAUUGAACAAAAAAUUGAUGGAUAUUUCAAGUAUGCAGAUGCUGGAAAUAUGAGUGUUAUUACAAACGAUUCAUUUGAUGAUGGUUUCUUGUGGCCAUUAGAAAAUGAAGAACAACUUCAGGAAUUGGAACAAACACUUAAAAAUAAUGAUAACAACUUUAACCGUUGUCUAGUAAAUAAAAUGUCGCUUAUGAACUCCAAUACAGUUGAACGUAGUGUCCGCAGAAUCUUAAAGUAUAUGUUUACUGAUGCACUCCUUGAGCAAUUUUCAUACACAGGAUUUAAAAAACCCAAAAAGUCGUUUUCAAAAUUACUCUCAUGCCAAAUUGUUAUAGAUGCUAUACGGAGUUCUUCUCUAUUUAAAACCACAACACUGCAGAAUAUAGAAAAACCUAUUAAGGCCUGGCUGGCUCAAGCAAAAUUUAGAAAAAUCUCCAUAAUAUAA